AUGGCUCGUGUAGAGGAAGCAGCCCAGCGGCUGUCCCAAAGUGGGAGGACCCUCUAUGCAUUGCUGGAACUUAAGAAAGGUGCCUCACCUGAAGAUAUCAAAAAGGCCUACAGCCACUUCUCACCCUCUCCCCACCCUUCCUUUGUGUAUUGCCUGGGUAGGAGACUGGCCUUGAAGUAUCAUCCAGACAAGAAUCCAGGGGACCCUCAAGCAGCAGAAAUAUUCAAGGAGAUCAACACAGCCCAUGCCAUAUUGAGUGACCCAAAGAAGAGGAAAGUCUACGACCAGCAUGGCUCAUUGGGACUAUAUCUGUACGAUCACUAUGGCGAACAAGGCGUCAGAUACUAUUUUACUCUGAAUAGUUGUUGGUUCAAGACACUUGUCUUCCUGUGUAUACUGCUCACUUGCUGCUGUUGCUGUUCUUGCUGCUGUCUUUGCUGUGGAACACUUAAACCACCUUCUGAGGAGGUUAGUGAAAGGAAAUGCCAACAGAAUGUCCUGAGCCAGCCUGCAAGGACAGGUGAGAACCGUAGGCGGGACUGAGGUAAGAUCUGUAUUAGCAAUGAAGGAAAUGAUUGGGGCUGAUAAAGACUUGUGAAGAUGACAGGUUAACCCCUAAACGUGGCAGUUUCAAGUCUGGCAUUGGA